AUGGUCAUCAAGAGGUCAGAAUUAUACGCCUUUUCCCUUGGAAUUUUAAUCCAUAUAUUCUACUUCCGUUCUUUGUACCUGAUCUUCAUUCAUCUGCUUGGUCUAUAUAGCAGCCUCAUCCUAUAUCGUCUAUUAUUUCACCCACUCCGCCGAUUUCCUGGUCCAUUUUUGUCACGUAUCUCAGCGUUCUGGAUAUCAGCCCAACUCCAUCGCAGGCCUCUCUUUCGCAAGCUUGCUGAUCUGCAUGAAACGUAUGGGAGCUUUGUUCGUAUAGGGCCAUCUGAUCUGUCGAUUGUUCAUCCCAAAGCUACUAACAUCAUCUACGGCUUCAAGUCUACGUGCACUAAGAGUGCGUGGUAUGAUGGCUCUGCGCCUCUGAAAUCGUUGCACGCGCAUCGGAUUAGAGCAGAUCACGAUAAACACCGUCGUAUCUGGAAUCCGGGGUUCACAGAUCGGGCCCUACACGGAUAUGAGAAACGAAUACAGGUGUAUAGACAGAAACUCAUUAACCAGAUCACAUCGGCAGAUGAUGACGAACCCGUAAACAUCAGCACGUUGUUCACCUGGUAUGGUUACGAUGUAAUGGGUGAUCUGGCAUUCGGGCAAAGCUUCGACAUGUUGGAGAAAAGUAGCACCCACUGGGCUGUUUUGUUGAUACUCAGCAUGCUCAAGCCAGUUGAGUAUCUGAUGCCGAUAUGGUUCUUCCGGCUAUCGGUAUCCAUUCCGUUUGCUUCCAAGGCUUUCUGGAAGUUCAAUGAAUACUGGGGCCAGCUAUUCAGGACACGAAUGGCGACAAAGCAGGAAAUUCCCGAUAUCAGCGCAUGUCUUCUGGAACCCCUGAAAGGACGAACACCUACAACUGAUGAAUUCAACGGGCUGCUCGGAGACGCGUCUUUGAUCAUCAAUGCAGGAGGUGACACUACGGCCACGACAUUGACCACAAUUGUAUAUGAAUUGGCCCGUCGGCCGCUGGAGGUUCAGAAACUCCGGGCCGAGUUGGCCGUCUGUACGACCGACGCAAACGGAGAAUAUGCACAUGAGAAUCUGACCACCCUAAAACAACUCAAUGGUGUUAUUAACGAGACGCUUCGUAUACACUCCCCGGUCCCGAGCUACAUCCCACGAAAAACACCCCCGGAGGGUAUCGACAUCGAAGGUACGCAUGUGCCAGGGAACAUGAAUGUAUUUUGCCCGCAGUGGAUAAUUAGCCAAUCCGAGACUGUCUAUCAGAACGCACAGGACUUCAUUCCCGAGCGAUGGUACCUAUAUCCGGAGAUGAUCAAAGAAAGAUCUGCCUACGCUCCAUUCACGACGGGGCCAUACACCUGUAUUGGCAAGCCGCUAGCCCUUAUGAAUAUCCGGGCAACUAUUGCUCGACUAGUCACGGCAUUUAAUAUGGAGCUAGCACCGGGGGACGAUGGACGAGCACUCGAGAGGAGUAUGAGGGAGCACUUUUCUAUCUAUAUGGCGGACGAUAUCCGGGUUAUAUUUCGAAAAUGCGCCAUAUAG